AUGGCAGGUCGCAUUGUGCCGUGGCCCAAGUAUCUCACCGUAACCCGAUUGAACUCCAGCGAAGGCCUGCAGAAUGUCUCGAUAGAGCUCAUCCGAAGCGUCUUUGAAUACAUGAGCUUCGGCCCCAUCGAAUUCUGCCGGAAGCUGAACAACGGCACGGUGCUGGUCAAGACCUGGGGCAGCCUGGGGCAGCAGGUGUCCCUGCUCUCGCUCAACAGCCGCACCGAUGUGGAGGUGCAGGAACAUUGGAAUCUCAACCAUGGCAGGGCCGUGAUGCACUCCUACGAGCUGGCGCAAUGCAGCGAGGCGGAGAUAGUCCAGCAGCUGCAGCAGCAAAAUGUCAUCCAGGUGCGCAAGAUCACGCGCAGGAAGAAGCACAACCAAAGGCACGAGACGGGCCUGAUAGUGCUGCAGUUUGGCCAGCCAGAUCCGCCGUCCAGCAUUCAAAUGGGCUGCAAAGUCAUACGCCUCCAUCCGUAUGUGCCACAUCCGAGGCGCUGCUGGAAUUGCCUGUAUUUUGGACACCAUGCCAGGCAGUGUCAUCGUCCCAGGACCUGUGCGAAUUGCGGCUAUGCGUACCAUCUGAAUGUCGGCGAGCGGUGCAAUCGGACGCAGGCGUGCCUCAAUUGUCGGGCCAGCAAGGUGCCCCAUCCCAGGCAUCACAUCUUCGAUAGGAAGUGUCCCACUUUCGUCUUGGAGGAUCGCAUCAAAGCCAUCUCCGUCCUGUCGGGUGUCUCGCGACGCAGAGCCAUUUCGAUCUAUAAGAGCCAAUCGCACAGAGACAUGACCUAUUUUGCCGAGGGAGCCAGGCUGUCCUACCUGAAAUGUCCACAAGGGCUUCGAGUGAGAUUAUAA